AUGCAGUUCAAGACUCUUCUCGUUGCCGCUGGCGUUGCCUCCGCUGCCCCUAAGGCUACCACUCCCAAGAACUUUGAAUUCCAAGGUCUUGCCCUCCGCUCUGCCUCCCCCGUUCACUUCAACUACCUCCAGGCUUCCAAGGAGUCUUUCGAGCUGAAGCUCAAGGACCAGAAGGCCUCUUGCUACAACAGCAAGGACAAGCCCCAAGAGGCCACUUUCCAGCUCUCUGGUGACGAGCUCUGGCUCUACUCCGUCGGCAACCCCCGCCAGCAGGCCUACGUUGACUUCUCUGGCAUGGGCCAGGGCAAGUUCGGUUACACCACUGGUGCUCAGCCUGCCCCCAAGAACGCCUCGCGCAAGGGCUGGAAGGUCGACAAGGACGGCAUGCUCACCUGCGACGGUGCCAGCUUCGUCGCCUGCCCCAUGGGUGACAACCUCGAGAAGACCUCUUGGUCUGUCUGGGUCUACAACGGCAUCAGCAACCCCGGCGGCAACAAGAACUGCCUUCCUUUCUCCGUCAAGACCGUCAAGGUUGAGAAGCCCACCCCCUGCUAUUACUCUAACAUCCUCCCCAAGGCUUAA